AUGUCAACCACUUGCUCGGUUCUAAACCUAACGUUUUUCUUGGGAAAGUCAGACGAGCUUGUCCUCGGUGAGGACAAAGGGGAUGACGCCAUGGAGGAGGGCUCUGACGAUGACCUUCCAUGUGGUAGGAAACGUGCCAUCCGAAACUUGAUUGCGGCAAAUGGACGAGUUGAUUGUGCGGAAGAUGGAGACACAGAUGUGACCGUCGACGAUGACCCCGAGGCAGUGGAGAAGGGGGGACUGAUCGCUGGACUACUUGACGAGGAUGUCACUGUCGCUGAGGGUUUCUUGAGAGAUGAUCGCUUUGGAGGCGGCGGUAGAACGAUGGGGGUGGAGUGA